AUGAUGAGUUUUUCAAACUUGACCGAUCACUUGAAUACUACCACCGGAUCUUCGAUGCAACCAGAGCUGUUAGUUUUUGCAGUGUUCAAAAUAGUAUUAGCUCCCAUAACAGUAGUCAGCAAUGGAUUUUUAGUUUUAACAGCUUACGUGGACCCACUGAGAGCGUUUCGUGCUCCUUCGUCCUCGUUUCUCAUUGCGAUGUCAGUGGCGAAUGUUUUCACCGGGCUCAUUGUUGCGCCAAUUUUUGCAACCCUCGAGUACAAUGACUACUUCGGAAAACCUAAUUUGCCAAACCUCGCAAAAGUUGGAUCUUCAUUCUCCUUGCUCACGCUUAACGUUUCCUUCGGAAUGGUUUUCGCUCUAGCUGUCGAUUACUUCAUCGCUGUCUUUCGACCAACGAAAUACAAAAGCUGGAUAACUAUGCAACGCGCUCAAGUUCUCAUCGCCGUCAUUUCAAUAAACGCUUCUAUAUUUUCAAUACUUCCUCACGCAAACGUGUCCAUGGAAAUUGUUUUCAAGGUGGACCUAUAUCUCAACUCAACUGUUAACUCAACCCUGCUUGUUGUUUCUUACAUCUUGUUGUACUUCGCUUUUCAUGAUCAGACCAAGAGAUCCUUGAAUCUGCGAAGAGCCGUCAACAAUCCAGGGCGCGCCAAUACGGACGAAAUCGAAAAAAUAAUUGCCCUCCAGAAUAAAUUUUGCAGAGUGUUACUCAUUUUUGUUAUGUUUUCUACCAUUCCGGCAGUUUUUGCUACAAUUUCAUACUACCUGAUGGAAUAUUGUGAUCCAUGUCAGCGGUACAAGGCAAUCGUCAUUUUUCAAAAAGUUUGUCUCGAUCUAAUGUUCAUUAAGUGCGCUCUGGAUCCUUUUGCGUUUGCUUGGAGACUGUCUCGAAACAGACAAGCGUUGAAGAAAAUCAUUCUCUGUCAACUUGGAAUGCUUACACAGAUGCGAUCGACAGUUCAACCUGAUAAUAUAAGCAGCUAA